UGAUGCGGCGCAGCUAGAAGAGAACUUAACCUAAUUUUCUUGCAGAUUUUCUAGUAGUUUUUUUUUAACACCCAAAAAAAUGCAAAUUGCAUUGAAUUUUCUAUUUCUUUUCUCAUUUUACCUAUUUCCACCCAAAAUUCUCUGUGAUAGUACCUGCUAUGAUGCAAAACAAGAAGAACUUGACCACCACUUGGCCACAAAAACACCCUAUAGAGUGAUAGCUAAUGUAAAUGACAAAAAAAUUGAAUUUGACCAAUGUUUCCCUAUUCGUAUGUGGGGAAUUUUUCGUCAUGGCACAAGAAAUCCCAGCAAGAAACAAAUCCGCCGUAUGAAGACAACUCUCAGUGAACACCGAGAUGCUAUACUUGCAAAGGGAGCACUAUGUGAGAGGGAUAAAGAACAAUUCCGUACGUGGAAAGUCCAUUUAAAUGAGGAUGAGGAGAAAUUUCUCGUUCCGGAAGGAGAGGUGGAGCUCAUUGAACUUGCAGAGAGAACACAAAAUCGCUUUCCUGACCUUCUCUUUGAUCAAUAUGACAAUCUCACGUACAAAUUCAAGUACACCCACACACAGAGAGCCAAGAAGAGUGCUGAAGGAUUUGCCACGGGGCUCUUUGGAAGGGAUAACAUUCGACAAGUUUGGUACCCGGAACCCGAGAGUAGAGAUCCCAUUUUGAGGUUCUACAAGAGAUGCUCUCGCUGGAAGGUGGAAGUGGAUAAGAAUCCCGAUGCCAUGGAACAGGUGCGUCUCUUCAUCUCUUCGGAGAUUUUUAGAGCGUUCCUUGAGGGUUUAAGAGUGAAAACUGGAAUUUUGGAUUUAACCGCUGAAGAUGCUCGCCUGAUGUAUACAACAUGUGCCUUUGAGACAGCGUGGGAUCGACACAGAAUCUCUCCUUGGUGCAGCCUCUUCACACGGGACAGUAUCAAAAUUAUGGAAUUCCUGGAGGAUCUUGAGUACUACUGGAUCGAUGGCUAUGGCUAUGAAUUAACCUACAAGCAGGCUUGUCCAGCAGCUCAAAAUAUGUUUGAACAUCUCAAUCCCAAUGCGAAACAUCCCAAUAUCACGUUAUACUUUACCCAUUCCGGUACUCUCCUCAAGUACCUCGCCUUCCUCAAUCUCUAUCGUGAUCAACAACCCCUCCUACACACCUCUUUUGGCGGGAAUUAUUCAUGGCGCUCCAGCUUAAUCGAUACAUUUGCCAGUAACAUCCUCUUUGUCACCUUUUCCUGCCCUUCCGGUGCCAAAGUACUCACAAUGCAUCAAGAACGUGUGGUGACUGUACCCGGAUGUCCCCUAGAUUCUCCCCUAUGUGAUUAUGCUCAAUUUGAAGAGAUUUUCCAACAAAGAAUCAAUGAAUGUAACUUUGAACAAAUGUGCACAAUUUCUUAAUAAAAAUAUUAAUUUAUA